UCAGUUCAGUUGUCAGUUGUGCUGUCAUUGUGGUGUCAGUUCAGUUCAGUUGUCAGUUGUGUUUGCCACUGUUAUAAUAUUGAAUACACUUGAUUUGAUUGAAUACUUAUGUUUUAUAACGGUUAAUAAUUAAAUUGUUUUGAAUUAUUUAUACCCAAAAUUUUGUCAGUGAAUUAAUUAAUAAUAAAUAAGUAGAGAGGCAACAUAAUUAAGACUAAUUGUAUGUUCAAGAAAGUUUAACUUUCAAAAAGGUUACAUUCAGUUAACAUUUAUAAAAUAACAGCCUAAAAGGUGUUUAAUAUGAGUACUUUAGAUAAUUCCGACACAAAAACUCUUAAUGACAAAAACGAUGGUAAAGGAGGGACAACCGACGCCGAUAGUAGUGAAAAUAGUCAGAGUAAAGGGGAACAUGCAAGUAUAGUUGCUGCUCAUUACAACCACAUAGAAGAAAAGGGGUUAAGAGAACGGUUUAAUUCUCCUAUUUUCUAUUUGAGAAACUUUAAUAAUUGGGUCAAAAGUGUAUUAAUACAGGAGUACAUAGAUAAAGUGAGGGAAAAAGACUAUGGUAAAGCUUUGAAAGUCCUUGAUAUUUGCUGUGGUAAAGGAGGCGAUUUAAGUAAAUGGCAAAAAGCUAGAGUAGAUCACGUCGUUUUUGCCGACAUAGCUGAAGUGUCAGUACAGCAGUGUCAAGCACGCUAUGAAGAUUUGAAGCGUCGACAAGGCCAUUUGUUCUCUGCUGAAUUUAUUGCUCUCGAUUGCACUAAAGCAGCCUUAAGACAAAAGUACAGAGAUCCUUCUAUAAACUUUGACUUGGUUAGUUGUCAGUUUGGGCUGCAUUAUAGUUUUGAAAGUUUGGGUCAAGCAAGAAGGAUGCUUACAAAUAUAUCAGAAUGCCUAAGACCUGGUGGAUAUUUCUUUGGUACAAUACCUAAUGCAUAUGAAAUUGUUUCUAGAGCACAAAAAUCAAUGGAUAAUAUGUUUGAAAAUAGAAUAUACAAAAUCAAAUUGUUGUUUGACCCAAAAAAUGGCUAUCCUCUUUUUGGUGCCAAAUAUGACUUUCAUUUAGAAGGAGUAGUGGAUUGUCCAGAAUUUCUAGUAAAUUUCAAGUUAUUUGUAAAACUUGCUUCAGAAUAUGGACUUGAAUUAGUAUAUCAAGCAGGGUUUUCUGAUUUUUAUAAUGAUUAUUCAGUAAAAUACAAACAACUGAUACAAAGAAUUAUGUGUUUUGAAACAUAUCCACCACCACAUGGAAAAGAAUUAAUAGGCAAUGAGGCAGAAUAUGAACAUGCUAAAGUAUUUUGGGAAAGUAAUAAUUAUAAGACUGAAGAUACUUGCCUUGGUACUAUGAGUUCCUGUGAGUGGGAAGUUGCAACAAUUUACAUGGCAUUUGCAUUUAAGAAAUGUAAAUCUUCUUGGGAUGUCAAUGGAAAGGCAACAUAUAUUAGUUCCUCUUCAAAUAAUGAAUCUGGGGGA